CGGGUUUUAGUGUGGCCGUCAUCUUUUCUCUCGUCUUUGUAAACAUUGGGAUACAACAUGGAGAGGGGGAGGAUGAGCCGGGCGGGUGGCAGGAUGUCGGAGCUGCCGAUGAGGGUACAAGACGCCAACAGAAUGAGUGUGAUAUAUGCCACUCCUCAAAACAAACAGCAGUCCUUUGGGAAGCUCAGCUUAUCCAAGCCACAGCCUGUGACCUCUGAAAAACGGACCAGCUUUUUUGGUGCUCGGACAAGUGGUGCUGGCAUGCCUCGCAAUAGCACCAUGGCAGGGUUUGGAGGAACUGAGAAAAUCAAAGAUGCCAGACCUCUGCAUGAUAAAACGUUCGUUCAGCAAUGCAUCAGGCAGCUCCACGACUUUUUAACAGAGCAGGGUUACCCAGGCCCUUUGGCAGCCAAGACCUUACAGUCACCCUCAACCAAGGAGUUCGUCAAAAUGUUUGAGUUCAUUUACCACCAGCUUGAUCCGGCCUUCGAGAUGCCAAACUCAAAGGUUGAAGAGGAGGUUCCAGCUAUCUUGAAGGCCUUGAGGUAUCCAUUUGUUCUUUCCAAGUCUUCAAUGUAUUCUGUUGGAGCACCCCAUACUUGGCCUCAGGCCCUGGGGGCCCUCAUGUGGCUUAUCGAUGAUGUGAAGGUCAAAUGGAGUCUGAGCAAACAGGACCUGCUCCUCAGUGACUUCGGUGAAGACGGCGACAGCAUCGAGGAAGGAGCGGAUUAUAACAAGCUGUUCUGUGACUACACAGCUGAGACGUACUCCAAGUUCAUGCAGGGUGACGACACUUUUGAAGAUGACGAUGAGACGUUCCUCAAUCGACUGAAGAAACUCUACAAUGUUGAUGAUGCUCUGCUGGCCGAAAUGGAGGAAAAGCACCAAAUUCUGAGUGAUGAGGUUGAACGACUGGAGAAAGACAGUCAGACUGAUCGACUGAUGACAAAAAGGAUGGACAAGAUGAGGCUGCAGACAGAUCUAAAGAAGAUUCAGAGUUACCGAGAAAACCUGGAGAAUUUUGAGCUCAGCGUGAAGGGCAAAAUUUCAGAACUGAGCGAUGAACUGGAAACCACUGCGAGUCAUGUGGAGACUUUAAAACAUGAGAGAGAUGAACUGCAGCGGCUCCUGCAAAACCAGAAGUUUACUCCGGCGGAUGUAGAAAGAAUCAACAGAGAAAAGUGGGAACUCCAGCAGACGAUCACCAGCCUGAGCAAGUCUCUGGAGGAUGCGGAACAGCACAAGUGGAAUGAAGAGAUCGCUCUUGCCAAAGUGAAAGAGAAGGCGGAGUUGAAGCUGGCAGAGUACCACAAGCUGGCACGUAAGCUGAAGCUGAUCCCCCUGUCUGCAGAGAACGCAUGUGGUCACGACUUUGAGAUGAGACCUUUUGAAUGUGGACCCAGCAGCUUGGUUCAAAAUAAAUCACAGAUACAGAUUCUCUUGAGGAAGCUGAUCAGUGACGUUGAGGAGGAAAAGAGUCGUCUAACCAACAUGAGGCUCAGUCUGGAAGAGUCCAGCGAGCAGGUCAGUUCUAACAUCAUGGAUAAGUCCAAUGACAUGAAGCAGCUGAGAGAGCAGAUCCGCAAGCUGGACGAGCGGCUGGAUUGUGCGAUGCAGGAACUGGCCCAAGAGGAGCAGGACUGGGCUGAGGAGCUGGACUCAGUGGACAACCACCGCAAACUUCUGGAGAAGAAAGUUCACUGCGGCUACGACGAAGCAAUGCAGCAGCAGAAAGCAGCACAACAGCAGUACAACCUUGUGUGGCAGGAAACUGCUGAAGAGAUGCGUACCGUGGCAAAGAACCUGGCGUCUGUCCUCACUACAGCUACUAACCACUUGGCCAUCACAGAGAAGUGCAUUGAGGAUUUCCAUGUGAGAAUGCAGCGGAUCUGCUCAAAGACUGUAGAAGAAGAUAAAGCUGCCAUACAGAAGCUGCGGGACAUUUUGAGGGACUUCACGUCCAAAGCAAACUGUUUAUAAAGGCCAGCAGGACGGAGCCCUGCACGAAGGGCACAUUUCAAUGCUCCACAGUUUUCUUGCCGCCAUUGACAAAAGAAUCCAAGUUUAUCUUCAUUUAUAAUUGUUUUUGCGUAACUUAGAAGAUUUGGAUGAGCAGUGUCCACAUGCUUUUUGUCUCUUGUGUGUCCAUCCCUCAUAUAACAGCUGUGUUUUACUAUAUAAGAAGUUCCAGCCUGGUGGAGUAUCUGUCUUGUAUUUAGAGUUUCUGUGUUUUGUUAUUUCACUGUAAUAUUUAAAUUUUGACAAUGAAACUUUUAGAGGUUGUCAUUCCCUUAACUUUGUUUCAUGUGUGUGUUUUUUAAAGACUUUUUAAAGGAAAUAAAAUA